AUGUCUUUUCUAUCACUGCUCCUCAAAGGGCUCGUAGCCCCUACUCUCGCCCUUUCGGUAUAUAUUAUUUUAAACGAAGUACUAAGAUGGCGAAGCCGAAUCAACGGCCUAAAGGGGCCUAAAGGUCUCCCGCUUAUUGGAAAUCUCCUUGAUAUCAAUCGGACAUUCUCCGCUGAGAAAUACAGACAAUGGUCUCUAGACUACGGUCCAGUCUAUCAAGUCCAACUGGGCAACUCUCCGGUCGUCAUUGUCAACGAGACAGAAGAGGCAAAGGCCUUGCUUCUCAACCAGAGCUCUGCAUUCAUUUCUAGACCGGUCUUUCACGUCUUGCACAAGGUUGUUAGUAAGAAUGUUGCGAGUAUUGGUACUUCUCCUUGGAAUGAGAGUUGCAAGUCGCGAAGGAAGGUUGCUGCAGGGGCGCUGAACCGGCCCAAGGUUCAGUCGUAUGAGCCUAUUAUACUACGAGAGACCGAUGACUUUAUCAAGGCCCUGGCUGUCGAAUCGUCAGGCGGUACUGUCGAUGCCGAUUUCACAGCUGCGGUUCAUCGCCUCUCGUUAAAUACGGUGAUGACCCUGAACUACGGGAUAAGAAUUGCCAAAACAACCGACCUCAAGGACGACGCCUUCUACGCCGAAGUCGUUGAAGUCGAAAACGAGAUAUCAAGGCUCCGCUCAACAUCCAGGAACCUGGCUAACUAUAUCCCACUUCUUCGCUUCCUUGAGCCCAUCUUCUGGCGGAAGUCUGCAGCCCACUCUGCAGCCAUUGGGAACCGUCGAAUCGCGUAUAACAAUGAGCUCCUCCGCCGGUUACAAGAUGCGGUUAAUCGGGAUGCCGAAGUGCCCUGCAUCCAGGGAAAUGUCCUGCGGGACCCUGAGGCUGUCGGACUGUCCAAUAAUGAACUUCUCAGUAUUAGUUUCAGCAUGAUGGCAGGCGCAGAUAGCACGCAGCCAACAAUCGGCUGGGCUUUCAUAUUACUCGCCCACCGGCAGGAUAUCCAAACUAUUGCAUUCAAUGAGCUACAGAAAGCUACAGGAUCCCACUACGACCCGUCAGAAACCAAAGACGUCGACUAUAUCCUGGCCCUAGUCAAGGAAGUACUCCGCUUCUAUACGCCCCUGCCACUGUCCAUGCCGCGAGAAACAACAGCCCCUGUUCAGUAUAAACACGCAGUAAUACCCUCUGGGACUAUGGUUUUCUUGAACGCUUGGGCUUGUAAUCACGACCCAGCUCUCUUCUCCAACCCCUGGGAAUUCAUCCCAGAGCGGUGGCUAGGCAACUCCGAAAAGCACGCGCAUCAGUUCGCGUUCGGAUAUGGGUCCCGUAUGUGUGUAGCCUCGCAUUUAGCCACGCGGCUGGUUUACACAGCGCUGUAUCAUGCCAUAGCCAAUUUCGAGAUUCACCCUGCGUCAGAUGCAGUGGAAGAUGAAGUGGAUGCUGUCAAGGGGAUCAAGGAUCCUACGGCAUUGAGUGCGAGUCCAAGGGGGAGCAGGGCUCGGUUUGUUGCUCGGUCUAGGAACGCAAGAUGA